GUUGUGACAGCCAUGUCUCUGGAGAUGGAGAAGACCAUCACCAAGCUGAUGUACGACUUCCAGAGGAACUCCACCUCUGAUGAUGACUCUGGAUGUGCACUGGAGGAAUACGCCUGGGUUCCCCCCGGCCUCAGUCCUGAGCAGGUGCAUCAGUAUUAUAGCUCCUUACCAGAGGAGAAGGUCCCUUAUAUAAACAGCCCCGGAGAGAAAUACCGCAUCAAACAACUUCUCCACCAGCUGCCACCGCAUGACAAUGAGGUGCGUUAUUGUAACGGUUUGGACGAGGAGGAGAAACGAGAGCUCAAGCUCUUCAGCAACCAACGGAAGAAGGACAACUUGGGAAGAGGAAACAUCCGUCCUUUCCCGCUAACCAUGAAUGGAGCCAUCUGUGACAAGUGUGGUGGUCAAAUAAACGGAGGGGACAUUGUGGUUUUUGCUGCGAGGGCGGGUCACGGAAAAUGCUGGCACCCUCAUUGCUUUGUCUGCAGCAUGUGUGAGGAGCUGUUGGUGGAUCUCAUCUACUUCUACCAAGACGGCAAGAUCCUCUGUGGCCGGCACCACGCCGAGAGGCUGAAGCCCCGCUGCUGUGCCUGUGAUGAGAUAAUCUUUGCUGAUGAAUGCACUGAGGCGGAGGGCAGGCACUGGCACAUGAAGCACUUCUGUUGCUACGAGUGCGAGACCACCCUCGGCGGCCAGCGCUACAUCAUGAAGGACGGACGGCCUCACUGCUGCAACUGCUUCGAGUCCCUGUAUGCAGAGUACUGCGACGCAUGUGGAGAACACAUAGGCAUUGACCAAGGCCAGAUGACGUAUGAUGGGCAGCACUGGCACGCAACCGAGGAGUGUUUCUGCUGUGCCCGGUGCAAGCGCUCUCUGCUGGGCCGCCCCUUCCUGCCUAAACAGGGGCAGAUCUUCUGCUCACGGUCCUGCAGUGCUGGACAGGAUCCAGAUGAGUCCGACUCCUCAGACUCGGCCUUCCAAAGCGCCCGUUCCCGUGAGUCCCGCCACAGCACCAAGAUCGGCAAAAAGGAGCGCAGGAAUGCCGAGCAGGACCGGCGGAGUGCGGAGGCCCGCCAGUCAGCUCCUCCGCCCAUGCCCGACCGUCUGUCUGCUGAAAUCGAUCCCCUCUCCGUCCAGAUGGACCGUUUGAGCCUCGGGUCCAGCCAGACCCCGAGCAGGACACCCAACCGCACGCCCAGCCGCACCCCGAGCCGUGCCCCGAGCCUCAACCAGGUGUGGAUGAGCCGCGACGACCCCUACGUCCCCGCCGCCUACGAGGGCCCCCAGAGGGAACCCUCCCCGACACCAGCACCUAUACAUCUGCUGGCUCAUGGUAACCCCAGGCAGGGCUACAAUCCCAACGCAAACGCUCAUCCUCCAGCUCAGACUGCUGCCAACCCAGGGAAGAGGCCUGACUCCUGGGGGAAGGAGCAAGGCAACGCCAAGAGGACCCCCAUGGCGGCUCUGAGGGGCCACUCCUUCAAUGAGAACUGGACCCACCACAGCCAGGACGAGUUCAGGCCCAACAAGCUGCGCACCCAGAUGAGCUUCAACGAGAUGUCGAGCCAGAACCAGGGCUUCUCCGACAAGAGGAGCAUCAGCCUGCACGGAUUCCAGAGGGACGGCAGACCCCCGCUGACCAGGAGGAACCCCAUCAAUGCCAUGAGCUUCAACGAGCCCCUCACCCCUCUAGAACAGACUCCUCGUGGAUCCACGGAUUCCAUCACUAUAUCCAAUGCUACAGGUAACUCUCUGGACGGGGUCAGUAAGCGACAGGAGCAUCUGUCUAGGUUCUCCAUGCCGGACCUGAGUAAAGACUCUGGUGUGAACGUGUCCGAAAAGAGCAACAUGGGCACCCUCAGCUCCUCAGUCCAGUUCCACAGCACCGAGUCGCUGUCCUCCUCUCGCCCCUACAACAACAACAACAACAUGUACGCUCCACUGAGGGUCGGCUACCCGCUGCAGUACUGGGACGGCCCGCAGCCGCUGGGCUUCGACGGCAAAGGUCGCGUCGGGGUGAUGGGCAGCAGUGGGAACCUGCGGAUGGCUCCCAUGAGCGACAGGAUGCCCCGCCGGCGCAUCAACGGGCAGGAACCCGUGGCGUCGCAACAGCAACAGCAGCCUCAACCAAGGCGCCGCAAGCACCACCGUGGCAACCACGGUAACGGGCAGCACCGCAGUGGGCGCCACCACAAACGCUCUCGCCGCUCCCGCUCUGACAACGCCUUGCACCUGGUGGCGGACCGGCCUGCUCAGAUGGUGGAGCCGCCCUACCGCCGUGCCCAGGAGGAUUACGAUCGCUUCCCCGCCGGGAACGCCGCUCGGGAGUUGUUUGGCCUUGAUCCAGGCGGCUACAGACAGCAGCCCCAACGGCCCUGCCCCCGCACCACGUCUGAUCUCACCCUGCAAAACGCUGGCUGGCAACCCGUGGGGCUGGGUGGGCCGUGCUGGGGCGACGGGUACAUGGAGGCCGCCGACCCCUGGUGCUCCAGCUGCUCCUCUUCAUCCGAGUCAGAGGCAGAUGAGGGUUAUUUCCUGGGUGAACCGAUCCCGCGGCCCGUGCAGCUCUGCUACAUCAACAACGAGGAGCUGCGCCAUCGCUACAGCCCCUCUGGGAUAGCUGCCCAUCACGGGCCUCUGCACGGACCGAUUCACGGCCAGCUGCACACCCGCCAAAGGAGGAAGAGCAAAAACUGCAUAAUAUCUUAG